CGAGGGGCCCACCGGAAAGCGCAAAAACCUCUCUCUCCUCCGGAGCCGUUCACCGCUCGCCGUUCACGGUUCACGUCUCCGAUCUGUACUCUCUCUCUCUCCCCUUCUAUAUAUGUGUCUAAGCUUUGAAUCCGAGGUUGUGGAAACCCUAGUUGUUAUGUGAUUUCUGGCGGUUUGUGAAGUGUUUGAUUGCUGAAUUUCGUGGAUCUGUGAGGUUCUAGAGUCUUCUGAGGGGUUGAUCAGUCAAAGUCAUGUCUUCCUUGAGCAGGGAGCUGGUUUUUCUCAUCCUGCAGUUUUUGGAUGAAGAGAAAUUCAAGGAAACAGUUCACAAGUUGGAGAAGGAGUCGGGAUACUUCUUCAACAUGAGGCACUUUGAGGAUGCUGUGACAAAUGGGGACUGGGAUGAGGUAGAGAAGUAUUUAUCUGGUUUCACCAAGGUUGAUGAUAACAGAUACUCGAUGAAAAUUUUCUUUGAGAUCCGGAAACAGAAGUAUCUUGAGGCGCUUGACAAGCAAGAUCAACCGAAAGCAUUGGAAAUUCUGACGAAGGAUUUGAAGGUGUUCUCCACUUUUAAUGAAGAACUGUUUAAGGAAAUAACUCUUCUUCUGACUCUGAACAACUUUAGGGAGAACGAACAGCUAUCGAAGUAUGGGGAUACCAAAUCAGCUAGGGCCAUAAUGCUUGUUGAGUUAAAAAAGUUAAUCGAGGCAAAUCCACUUUUUCGCGAUAAGCUUCAGCUUCCUAGCUUAAAGAACUCUCGACUGCGGACACUGAUCAACCAGAGUCUGAAUUGGCAGCACCAGCUGUGCAAGAACCCAAAGCCUAAUCCUGAUAUAAAGACCCUCUUUGUAGACCACACUUGUGGACAACCAAAUGGUGCUCGGGCUCCAUCUCCUGUCACUAAUCCUCUGAUUGGUUCCAUGCCUAAAGUGGGCGGCUUCCCACCUCUAGGUGCCCAUGGUCCAUUUCAGCCAGCACCUGCACCAAUUGCUUCAUCUCUUGGAGGAUGGAUGGCCAAUCCGCCCUCUAUGCCACAUCCAGCUGUUUCUGGUGGGCCAAUAGGUCUAAGCCCUCCUAAUAAUGCUGCAUCUAUGCUAAAGCGUCCUAGGACCCCUCCUGGUAAUAAUCCUGCACUGGACUAUCAAACUGCAGAUUCUGAACAGGUGCUGAAGAGGCCAAGACCUUUUGGAAUGCCUGAGGAGGCCAACAAUCUCCCUGUUAAUAUACUGCCUGUCAUGUAUUCUGGACAGAACCAUGCUCGCCCGAUGUAUUCUUCUGAUGACUUACCCAGGACAGUAGUAGCAAAUUUGAAUCAGGGUUCUACUGCUAAAAGCAUGGAUUUUCACCCUGUGCAACAAACUCUGCUACUUGUUGGAACAAAUACCGGUGAUAUUGCUAUAUGGGAUGUUGCCAGCAGAGAGAGGCUUGCAUUUAGAAGUUUUAAGGUUUGGGAUGUUGCAGCUUGUUCAUUGACUCUGCAAGCUUCGUUGGCCAAUGAAUGUACUGCAUCUGUCAACCGUGUGGCCUGGAGUCCUGAUGGCACUCUUUUAGGUGUUGCAUAUUCGAUGCACAUUAUUCAUUUGUUCUCCUACCAUGGAGGUGAUGAUCUACGCAACCACCUUGAGAUUGAUGCACAUGUUGGAAAUGUUAGUGAUCUUGCAUUCUCUCAUCCGAAUAAACAAUUGUGUGUUAUAACUUGUGGAGAGGACAAGACUAUUAAGGUAUGGGAUGCUGCCUCUGGCUCCAAGCAAUAUAUUUUUGAGGGUCAUGAGGCACCUGUCUAUUCAGUAUGCCCUCACUAUAAAGAAAAUAUCCAGUUCAUCUUCUCUACUGCUAUUGAUGGGAAGAUUAAAGCAUGGUUAUAUGAUAAUAUGGGUUCAAGAGUUGAUUAUGAUGCCCCUGGGCAUUCUUGCACAACAAUGGCCUAUAGUGCUGAUGGCACAAGGCUCUUUUCAUGUGGUACUAGUAAAGAUGGUGAGUCAUACAUUGUGGAGUGGAAUGAAAGUGAAGGGGCCGUAAAGAGGAAGUAUCUUGGUCUAGGGAAGAGAUCUGUCGGAGUUGUGCAAUUCGAUACAACAAAGAACAGAUUCUUGGCUGCUGGGGAUGAGUUUGUAAUCAAAUUCUGGGACAUGGAUAAUGUGAAUCUCUUGACAACUAUAGAUGCUGAGGGUGGAUUGACAGCCUCUCCUUGCAUCCGGUUUAAUAAGGAAGGGAUGCUGUUAGCUGUAUCAACCAGUGAUAAUGGUAUUAAAAUACUGGCAAAUGCAGAUGGAGUCCGUCUGAUUCGUGCUACUGAAAGCCAUGCUCUUGAUCCUUCUAGAGUUGUUUCAAAGCAGGCCCCAAUGAUCACCUCAUAUGCUUCUAAUUCUACCGCUGGAACAAGCAAUGCCGCUGCAGAUAGGAACGCACGGGUCACACCUAUUGUUGCACUGAAUGGAGAUAAUUCCUGCAGCUUGCAAGAUGUGAAACCUAGGAUUUCUGAUGAGCUGGAGAAGUCUAAGAUUUGGAAGCUGACUGAAAUUAGUGAACCAGGCCAACUUCGUACUUUGAAGCUUCCGGACAACUCAUUGCCUGUAAGGAUUAUUAGAUUAAUAUAUACAAAUUCUGGAGGUGCAAUUUUGGCUCUGGCAUAUAAUGCAAUACACAAACUUUGGAAAUGGCAGAGGACUGAAAGAAACACAUUUGGAAAGGCUACAACUACUGUAGCACCUCAAUUGUGGCAGCCUGCUAGUGGGAUCUUAAUGACCAAUGAUAUAAGCGAAACAAACAUUGAAGAGGCUGUUCCUUGUUUUGCACUUUCAAAGAAUGACUCUUAUGUUAUGUCAGCAUCAGGUGGAAAAAUUUCCUUGUUCAAUAUGAUGACUUUCAAGACAAUGACAACUUUCAUGGCACCUCCACCUGCAGCAACAAGUCUUGCCUUUCAUCCUCAGGAUAAUAAUGUUAUUGCUAUUGGCAUGGAUGACUCUUCGAUACAAAUUUACAAUGUUCGCGUUGAUGAGGUUAAAAGCAAGCUUAAAGGUCAUCAGAAGAGAGUAACUGGCUUAGCCUUUUCCAAUGUUCUGAAUGUUCUUGUAUCAGCUGGAGCUGAUGCUCAGCUGUGUGUUUGGAGCAUGGAUGGAUGGGAGAAGAAGGCUAGUAAGUUUUUACAAAAUCCUUCAGGUCGUGCGCCAAAUCCUGUCACUCAGACCCAUGUUCAAUUUCAUCAAGAUCAGAUACAUGUGUUGGUUGCACAUGAGUCGCAGAUAGCUAUAUAUGAGGCAUCAAAGCUAGAGUGCGUAAAGCAGUGGGUUCCCCAAGAUUCUACACUCGCAAUCACAAAUGCAGUGUUCUCAUGUGAUAGCCAGUCUGUAUAUGCAUGCUUUGAAGAUGGAAGCGUCAACGUUUUCUCAGCCAGUGCCAUGUCUCUCAAAUUGAGGUGUCGCAUCCAUCCUACUGCCUACUUACCUUCAAACCCGAGUUCCAGGGUGUUUCCCCUCGUCGUUGCUGCUCAUCCAUCCGAAGCUAACCAGUUUGCGCUAGGCCUUACCGAUGGCAGUGUGCAUGUUGUUGAACCACUGCAAUCAGAAGGAAAGUGGGGCACCGUUCCCCCACCGGAAAAUGGUGCAGGCACUAGCAUGAGCCCUGCCGCCGCUGCUGGUUCUGAUCAACCUUCAAGGUAGUGGACAAAUCUUAACUCUAAAGAGGCCUUCUUGUUUGAUUCUUCCUAGGAUGUCGUCAUAGAUUGGUAGCACAUACAGCUCCAGAUGAGACAGACAGACAGACAGAGAGACAUUGUGAAAUAUUGAAUAGGUAGGAUGGGUGGGGGAGAAAAAGAUGAAAUGUUGAUAGAGGCAUAAAUGUAAGACAUGUGAAAGAAAUAGGAAGUACCGUAUCGGGCUGGCAAGAAAUUUUCCUUGUUUUGUGCAUUUCUUUUAAUUUAUCCAAAUAAUGUUCAUUUAUAUAAUAUAAUAUAUAUAAGCUUCUUUGUUAAUUGUA